UCCCGCAAAAUUUGCCCAAUUUUCUCUCUCUCUAAUCUGCGCCAGGCCAAGAUCGGAGAAAUUUUCGCCCAAGACUUCACAUCUUCGUCUUCGAUCGGUCACUUAUAUUGAGAUCUGAGACCAGGAGAUACCUUGAAGGGUGCCUUUGGGGAGGUGUACAAACUAAGUUAUAGUUUGUGGGCUUCUCCAUAAAUUUUGCACAGUGACCAGUUAAUUGGGCAAGGGAGGUCAUGCAUAUUUUUAUCUCAUGAAAUCCUGGAACUUUUAUUGCCCUAAUGAAAUUUUCUUUGUAUCCCAUGGGUGUGGGCUAUUUAUCAAUUUCGGCAGUCUGUACAAUGUUGAGCUUUAUAGGGCUUCGAUAUUGGACAGAACUUUCAUUUAUGAAGCUAAAAUCAGAUGGUUUGAUGGGUGAAAAUCUUCUUGACCCUGGAGUUGCUAGCCGUGUACUGGAACUGUUGUUGGAUUCCUAUACCACAAUUGCAUUGGUGGUCAAUUUUGUCCUCAACGUUUUUAUACUGAUCGUCUUGUCUCUUAAGACAAUAUUUUUUGUUGAGCUGCAUGCAACAGAAUCUCGGAAAUUGGUGGAGCGACUAGUUAAUUACGUUAUCUACAAGGGAACAUUUCUUCCAUUGGUAAUCCCGCAAACAGUAGUCCAAGCAGGAUUGUGGUCAACAUGGUUGACUGUACUAUGCUCUUUGAAGAUGUUUCAAGCUUUAGCCAGGGAUCGCCUUGAACGGUUGAAUGCAUCUCCUUCUGCAACUCCCUGGACUUACUUCCGUGUAUAUUGUGUUUUAUUGCUGGUUGUCACUGUCGACGCAGUCUGGAUAAGGAUGUGUCUACUGAUCUACCAAACGAUACCCGCUGAAGCAAUUAUAGCAGCGCCAUCCCCUAUUAAUUUUGCACCAUCUAUAUUUUUGUUAUUAUUCUUUGAGCCACUUAGUAUUGCUUUUGAAACACUACAGGCCAUCUUGGUUCAUGGAUUUCAGCUGCUUGAUAUAUGGCUUCAUCACUCAGCAGGCAACACCACAAAUUCCAAAAUAACGAAGCUUUUGGAUAUGUCAGCAGCAGGUUCACUGUGGGAAUGGAAGAGUGUGAUAUUACGGAAUCUGGGAUUUUUCCUCGAUAUUAUGACCUUUUUAAUGGCUCUUGGUCAUUAUGUGCAUAUUUGGCGGCUUCAUGGCAUGACAUUCCAUCUUGUAGAUGCAGUGCUUUUCCUAAAUAUACGUGCCUUGUUAAGUGCAGUUCUGAAGCGUACCAGAGGGUUUAUUAAGUUAAGGAUAGCCUUGGGAACCCUUCAUGGGGCUCUCCCUGAUGCAACAUCUGAAGAGAUACAAGCUUAUGAUGAUGAAUGUGCCAUUUGCCGGGAACCAAUGGCUAAGGCUAAGAAGCUCUCCUGUAAUCAUCUUUUUCACCUUUCAUGCCUUAGAUCUUGGUUAGACCAAGGUCUAAGUGACAAUUAUUCCUGCCCCACUUGUCGAAAACCCCUCUUUGUUGGCACACCUGAAGGAAAUGAUGUACCUCGUUCCGGAGAUGUUUCAAGUGAUGAACAACUCGCCCGUCAGUUAAGCUCUAGACUUGAACGGCAAAAUGUUCCUGGUCAUACCCUGCCUACAGGUGUAAUUCCAAAUCAAAUUCAGACCCCUUUAGAACGUGAUGAUUGGAGGGGGACAGGACCAGAUUCAGGUUGGUUGGGAUUCGAUGGGGCUGGUCCAUCUACAGGUAUGAGAUCCGUGGGGUUGGGAAGAGUCCAGAUGAUGAUGAGACAUCUUGCAGCCGUUGGGGAAACUUAUGCUCAGACUGCCCUUGAAGACACUGCAUGGAACCUGUGGCCUAUAAAUCCCUCGCAGGCUGCUAGCACAUCUACUUCAAACAAUCCUUCUCCUAGUACCAUAAGACAUCGAGGACAUGGUGGUGGUUCAGUCAUUAGGACUCCUCCACGUGUUUCAGAUGAUGAUUUAUCAAAUAUACUUGCGAUGGCUGAAACCGUUCGCGAAGUGCUUCCCCAUGUUCCUGAUGAACUAAUAUUGCGGGAUUUGCAGCGAACGAAUUCUGUUUCGGUUACUGUGAAUAAUCUUCUUCAAAUGUAAGUGGGUAGCAAUUGAGUGAAGUAAUAAAGGAAAAAACUAGUACUCAUAAUGCUAUAGUUUGUACAUACAAAGUGUCGAAAAAUUGUUGAAGUAAAACUAUAGCCCAUUGAGGUUUAGAGAUGGAAACUUGUAUGAUUCUUAUGUUUGGUGCAAUAAUGAUGAUGAUGUUUUAUUAC